UUAAAGAGCAGCGUUUCGCAAAUGUAGUGUUAAGCAUGGCUCUUUGCGGGAAGGUAGCUUUGAUUACCGGUGGAGCGCAGGGAAUUGGGAGAGCGGUCGCGGAGACUCUGUUGGAAAAUAAGGCAAAAGUUGCUCUUGUUGACUUAAAUCAAUGUGUCGGGGAACAGUGCAAGAAAGAAUUAGAUCAAAAAUAUAAUGAGGGCAACUGCAUCUUCAUCAAGUGUGACGUGACUGACAGACGCAAACUUGAAGAGGCUUUUCAAAGUACAGUCGAGAAGUUUGGGCGGCUGGAUAUCGUCAUUAACAAUGCCGGAAUUAACAACGAGAAAAACUGGGAGAAGACCAUCGAAGUGAACUUGACAUCAGUCAUCAAGGGGACCUACCUAGCCCUGGAACACAUGAGCCGGGAAUAUGGCAAAGAAGGAGGUGUCAUCAUCAACGUUUCCUCCAUGGCUGCGUUUCUUCAUUCUCCGCAUCAGCCUGUAUAUACGGCCACGAAACACGGAGUGAUUGGGUUCUCCAGAGCUAUGGCGGACGCUUCAGAGCAGGGCGACUACGGUGUGAGAAUAAACGCACUGUGCCCAGCCUUCGUGGACACCCCUCUUCUCCAAACAGUGGAGCACGAAGACAACAUGGGGAAAUUUGUCAAGUUUAAGGACCACUUCAAACAGAGCAUGGACAAAUAUGGCGUUCUCAAGCCGUCUCUCAUUGCGGAGGGAAUGAUGCAGCUCAUAACGGACAGCAGCCUCAACGGAGCGGUGAUGAAAAUCACCUGCUCUAAAGGAAUUCACUUCCACACUUACGAGCCCCUUUCAGCCUGAGAGAGAGAGAGAGAGAGAGAGAGAGAGAGAGAGAGAGAGAGAGAGAGAGUCGCGCAGGGAAGUGACGCCGUCGACGAAACCUCAAUCUCUCCCAUCCGGCCAAAAUCAGGGUUCUUAGACUGACGUGCUCUGGACAAGACACACAAACACUUGAUAUCUCACCGGAAUGGAGAAAGGAAAAACAGAAGAUACAAAGGGACCGUGGCAAAGCUCUGUGAACGCAGUCCAUUCCCAGGGAAUGCAGCUAGAUAUUCUUGAUUUUUUUUUUCUUUUUUCUUUUUUUUUUAAAUUUUAAUCAGUGUUGGGAGAAAACAUAAGGGAUUGCCCUCCGUGAGAUUUCCGGUAUCUAGGGCGACGGGCUAGAAAUUCUAACUGGGCCAAAUGCGUCUCAAGUCUCAAGAUGGACAUUUUUUGUUUGUUUUUGUGUUGUUUUGUUUUGAUGGGGGGAGGGGGGGGGGGCGGCACAUGAAUAUUUAGUUGUACAUAUGGAUCUAUGCUUUGCUUUUAAUAAGAGUUCCUAGGCGCAUUAUGUUUUUGCAAGCGUAUUUAUUGAAGUAUCUGGGUCGUGGGUCUGAGGUUCGAGAGUUUGACCAGAAUAGAGAAAAAAAAAAAAAAGUUAUGUCAUAACAUUUUGUGCAAUACUCACUAAUGAUAUGGAAAAUUGCUUCGUUUUUUUUAAAGCCCAUGUAAUACCAAAGAGAUGUUAUGUAAUUUUUUAAUUUGUUUUAAUUAGACAAUAAACUUUUACAAAACCUCUGCAAA